AUGUCCCGCGAGCAGGCCGUGCCCCCCAGCGCAGCGGUCACCCCGGAUCUCCCCGCCGCGGCACCCCGCUGGAGCCGCAGGGCCCGCGAGAAGCCGUGUUUGUUGCCGGGGGAGCGCGUUGGAGGGCUCCGCAGCCGCCGGGGCCAAAGCCAGGGGCGGCAGAGACCGGCGGUACAGGGAGGGGAGCGGCCAGGCUGCCGGCCGGCCGGAACUUGCUGGCUGGCGGCGCCUGUUGCACACCGGUGCGACGCGGGGUUCCGGUCCGUGACCCCAUUUCCCAGCAGCCCCCGCGCCUCGCCCUUCUCUUCCGGCCCGGUGGCAGCGGUACAACCAUGGCCAAGUCCAAGAACCACACCACGCACAACCAGUCCCGGAAAUGGCACAGAAAUGGCAUCAAGAAGCCCAGAUCCCAUAGAUACGAAUCUCUCAAAGGGGUUGAUCCCAAGUUUCUGAGGAACAUGAGAUUUGCAAAGAAACACAACAAAAAGGGGCUGAAGAAGAUGCAGGCCAACAAUGCCAAGCAGGCUGCUCAGCAGAAAAAGGACUGACGUGGUGCAAGACAGGAGCAGCAGUUUUCCUUUUGGCAUGUGUGUUACAAGGUUUUUGUAAUAAUAAAACUGGGUGUAACAAAGUCUUUGCUUCCUGGAUUUGAGGAGAAUGCUCCAGAAGCC